UGUAUUAGAUAGGCGAAGGCGGCUGUCAAAUUAUCUAUAUACGCGCAUUUAAAGUUUAUAAUUACUACAAGUUUAAUUAUAAAUUCCAUUCCCGGGCAUCAUAUAAUAAUAAAUCUACAUUUCAACAAUUAGAAAAUGAAUCAAUCUGCUUGAAACAAAACAGGAAAUAAGUGAAUUAUUGUGAUAACGAUGAUAAUCUAUCAAAACCCCAUUGUCGAGAGGUGAUUGUAUGAAAUUCUUGCCAUUGCAAUUAAAUAAAUUGUGUAUAUUUCUACCUCUUUUUGCAUAAACAUUGAAAAAUAAUAAACUUGUUGAAUGCAAAACGAAAAAAAGUGUGAGUGAAUCUAUCGUAUAUAGUGGAGGGGUUAUCGCAUCAAUCGUAUAAUUUGUAAAUAAUUAAUGAAAGCUGAAAAUUAUCGAGUUCAUUAUACUCAUUGCAUCAUAUAUACAAUGUCAAGGGAACUUGAAGCAGGUGCAGGGUUAUCGUCAAUUGUAUUUGAGUGGAAAUAAUAAUAAUGGUGAUAUGGUGGUGGCAGCUGAGAUAAGGGGGACUGAGUGCACGUCAACGAGAAUUCGCAAAUCAGUUUCUUUCAAUUCGCUUUGAGGGUAAACAGUAGUAUCACCAGGAAUCCAGAAUAUAAUUUUUCAUUAAAGAAACAAUCAUGCUGAAAGGAUACGCACCAAUUACUCAAACCCUAUUAGGUACUUUAUUUACCUGGGGUUUAACAGCUUUAGGUGCUGCCUUGGUCAUUUUCAUUAGGGGAAAACACCGUAAACUUCUGGAUUCCAGUCUUGGAUUUGCCGCUGGCGUUAUGAUAGCAGCAAGUUAUUGGUCGCUAUUGUCACCAGCAAUUGAAAUGGCAAAAGAGAGCAAAUUAUAUGGAGCUGAGGGAGAAUUUGCAUUUGUACCUGUUGGCAUUGGAUUUCUUCUUGGCGCGGCUUUUGUUUAUGGAACGGACGUGUUGAUAUCCAUCCUUGGCAUUCAGUCCCCCAAUGUGCUUUUAGCAAUGCAAUCAGUCGGUACGAAACAAAGAAGCAAGACUCUUGCAAAACUAAAGAGUGACGAGGACUUAGACGAUAACCAACUAGUUAGUGAAAAGCAUAUUUCUGGCCGCAAUAAGUACUCGCAUAUUGAGUCAACCACAAUCGAUGGAUUUUAUGAACAGAGUACAAGAAGAAGACCAACAAGUGGUAUUCAAAGACCAAAUGAAUCGGGAGAAGUUGGAACACUCUACGAGGAUCCUGGAAAUGAAUCCAAAAAUAAUCAAUGGAGAAGAAUAUUACUGUUGGUUAUUGCAAUCACCGUACACAACAUUCCUGAAGGAUUGGCUGUUGGUGUUGGAUUUGGAGCAAUAGGAAGCAGUGUUUCAGCAACAUUUGAAAGUGCAAGAAAUUUAGCAAUUGGAAUUGGUAUACAAAAUUUCCCCGAAGGUUUAGCGGUGUCGUUGCCCCUUCAGGCAUCGGGUGUGAGUACUUUAAAAAGUUUCUGGUACGGACAAUUGUCAGGGAUGGUGGAACCCAUUGCCGGUAUCCUUGGGGCUGUUGGAGUCUCACUCGCCGCCCCUACUUUGCCUUAUGCUCUGGCUUUCGCCGCAGGUGCCAUGAUUUACGUCGUUAUCGAUGACAUCAUUCCGGAAGCACAACAAAGUGGAAAUGGCAAAGUUGCCAGUUGGAGUGCAGUCGUUGGAUUUCUUGUAAUGAUGUCUCUGGACGUUGGAUUAGGCUAAGAAAUUUUUCUAAAAAUUCAUUUUGUAUACGAUCGUUGUUAUUUCAGUCAACUGGAUAGCAAACAAAAAAAAAAAAUUACGAUAACGAUGUCGACUGAUAGAAUAUAAAGUUCAAUUCCGAUAUCAGUAUUUUGUUUGCGUGUUGAUGAAAGAAUGAAUAUCGAGCGACAUUUUUUUUUUUUUUUUUGACGAAAUCUAAUGUUUAAAAUAAGAAAAUUUUUCAAGCAAAAGAAAAAAAAUAGUUUUAUUAAUUAAUUCUUCCGAAAUUUGAUUUAUCAAUUUUUCAUGUGCAGAGUCAAGAUCAUUGAUAAAAUAUACUUUUAAUAUAGAAAAAUACAUUGUUUUUUGUUAUUUAAAUAGUAAAAUAUUCUUUCUAUUAUAAUAAUUACAAAUUUUAUUUCCUUAAAAUUUUUUUAAAUUAUUCAAAAAAUAAUAAUUUGACAAAAAAGGAACUUUUUUUUACCAAAUUACCAAAUUUUACCAAAUUAUAAAUUAUAUUUUAAUCGAUAAUUUUUAAGAUUUAACGUUUCAAAAAAAAAAUGGUAAAUUCAGUAUUUUAAAAAAAAAAUUUUUUAAAGCAAUUUGGAAUAUUUUUUAUUAUCAUAAUCUUCUAAAACCAUAUUUUAGUAAAUAUAUAUGUGAAAUGAAGACCAAAUAUAGAAUUAAAAUAUAGAUAUAUACAUAAUAAAUAUAUUGUAAGAUAAAUAUUAAUGCUUUGUGUGAUUGUUAUGUUUGUAAAUGCUACUUUAUUGAAAGUGAUAGAAAUAUAUAUUUUAUUUACAAAACAAAAAAAAAAAGAAAA